CAGCGAUGCCAGCGCAAUCCCGACGAAUUCUCCGGUCUCCGGCCUCGACUAAUGGGGGCUCCAUCAUAUAUAUUUAGGUGUCAAUGCAAAUGUGCAACUAUUGAGAAGAUGUCUCGAAAUCUCUCACAGCGGACACGCCGCUCUCAGCUCCGCCGUAUCCCUCGCGCCUCCUUGGGAAGUGGUUGAAGCAAUCAUCGGUCAGCGCCCCUGCCACGAUUUGCAACUUCGCCCGCACCUGUCGUCAACUCUACGCUUGCAGCAUGCUUGUUCUCUUCACCCAAGUCGAACUCAGAAGCAGACGCAGGCUCUGUACUUUCUGCGAUGUCCUCCAAGCCAAGCCCGUCUCCGGCCCCUCGUCUCGCCUGUCGCCAUCGGAGUCAAGGCGUUUCGCCCUUCAAUACUACCCAACCUUUUCGGAUCGUGUUCACCGGUUUCAGAGGAUGUCAAGGCUCAUCCAAUGUCACAUUUCACACAUCGACUCUCGUAUGCCGCCAGCAGCUCGGGAGCAACAUUCGAAGCGUCAGUAUCGCCUCCGUGAAGCUCCUAACCUGACUCGGCUGCGAUCCGAAGACCGCGACAGCUGAGGACGCUGACUAUUGGCUCAUGCUGGACCCACUCACAUGAGGAAACGCCGAACUACUUCUAUCCGAGGCGGGAAUGGGCGCUUCUUAUCCCUCCUUCAUCGAACUGGCCUUGCUCCAGUCCGACUUGACGUUGGCGAUACUAGUAGAAGCGGAGGCCAUUCAAGGCGCUCUCGAUAUGCUACAACGUCUCAUCAACCCGAACGAGAGAGGUCGUGGUACACCUCAGAUCUGGAGACCCGAUGCAGAUGCAUCCAUUAGGGGAGGUCAGAGUGGGAGAUUCUGGCCGAGCCUGACAGCGACUAUAAUUUCGUUUCAACUCCAGAAUCACUUUCGGAUUUGUUUGGGAAGCGGGCGCUCAGAGCGUUGCUUUCGCAAAAGCGACUCUGGAUUAGCUUCUGGCUCCAGACUCUCUGCUUCUGCGUCGGCGAGCAAUCCACGUACAAACAUGCACGCAAAAUCGCUCUGGCCCACAUUUCUGGAAGAGAUUGAUGACGAGUUAGGUAACUGAAGCGCCCCGUUACGGCCCUACAGGUUUUGUAUCCGCUCGCCAGCGCAGACAUGGCAACCCCAUAUCGCUUCGGCCCUCAGUACAUUUUUUUGAAAGCAUAUAUCUCACCAAAGUGCAUUUAUAAAUCUCCAUAAGCAGCAGCAGCGACUAUGCGAC